AUGUUCGAGCACCAGCGGAUGUGUCUGCAGUGGCUGUGGGAGCUGCACCAGCAGGAGGUGGGAGGCAUCCUCGGCGACGAGAUGGGGCUCGGCAAGACGCUGCAGUGGCGGCGCGAGAUCGAGCGGUUUGCGCCAGAGAUCUCGCCGGUCGAGGUGCUACACCACUCGCAGGGCGGCGCCGACCCGGGCAACCGGCUCGCGCUGCUGCGAUCCGUCUGCUCCCCUCGCGGCGGGCGGCCGGAGGGCGCCUGCUCCGUCUGCGUGACGUCGUACGAGAUGGUCCGCUCGCACGCGUCCCAGCUGCUGCGGCAGCCGUGGCAGUACGUGGUGCUCGACGAAGGGCACAAGAUCCGCAACCCGCACGCAGAGAUCACGCAGGUGUGCAAGCAGUUCAACACGGCGCACCGGCUGAUCCUCUCGGGCGCGCCCAUCCAGAACAAGCUCACCGAGCUGUGGUCCCUAUUCGACUUUGUCUUCCCCGGCAAGCUCGGCACGCUGCCCACCUUUGAGGAGCACUUUGCCCUCCCCAUCGCGAUGGGCACUUACGCAAACGCCUCCGAGUUCAAGGCGCGAGAGAGUGGCCGAGAGUGGCCGAGAGUUGAGACGGCCGCGCGCUGCUCGAUGGUGCUGCGCGACCUGCUGCGCCCGUACCUGCUGCGCCGGAUGAAGGCGGACGUGUCGGUCGCGCUGCCGGACAAGUCGGAGAAGGUUCUCUUUUGCCGGCUGACGCAGACGCAGCGCGACGCGUACGAGGCGUACCUCGCGACGGACCACGUCGAGGCCGUCCUCUCCGGCCGCGCGCACGCGUUCGCCGCGCUCACCUCCCUCCUCAAGGUUUGCAACCACCCGCACUUGCUCAAUUGGGACGCGCAGGACCGGCAGGCGGCGGCGGCGGCGGAGCAGGGCGUGAGCGGCGCGCCGCGUUACGGCGACUGGCGCCUCUCUGGCAAGAUGCGGGUGCUGCAUCAGGUGCUGCGAACGUGGCACAAGGGCGGCGACCGCGUGCUGCUCUUUUGCCAGACGCGCCAGAUGCUCGACAUCGUCCAGUCGUACGUCGACCAGCAGGGGUACGCGCACUCGCGCCUCGACGGAAACACGUCGGUCGCGCAGCGGCUCAAGCUCAUCGACACCUUCAACCAGGACGACUCCAUCUUCCUCUUCUUGCUCACCACCCGCGCCGGCGGCCUGGGCAUCAACCUGACGGGCGCAAACCGCGUCGUGCUCGUCGACCCGGACUGGAACCCCGCGAACGACCUGCAGGCGCGGGAGCGAGCCUGGCGCGUCGGCCAGACGCGCGCGGUGGCGGUCUUCCGGCUGGUGACUGGCGGGACGCUCGAGGAGAAGGUGUACCAGCGGCAGGUCUUCAAGCAGGAGACGGGCCUGCUCGAGAAGCUGCUUCGGGGCGACAUGCUGUCUGGGACGCUCGACCACGAGAGAGAGGUGGGGUCGGGCAAAGGCCGCGACGCGAGCAUGCCGUCGAAAGAGGCUCGCCAGGUGGCCGAGCGGGCCGCCGCGGCGCUGCGCCGCUCCACCGACGAUUGCGCCAGCCGGCCUUCGAUGCGGCUGCCCACCUGGACCGGCCGCAACGACGGCGCGGGCGCGCCCCACCGCUUUGGUCAGGCCCUCUCGCGCAAGAUCGCCGCCAGCGCCGCGUCGGCGUCGGGGGGGAGCGCCGGAGGCUCCUUCUUUGCUGCGGGGCAGGGCGCGGCGGCGGCAAUUGGGUCGUCGGCGUUGCUGCAGCGCGAGCUCUGCUCCUUUUUCCGCUCGCACGGCGGGCGCGUGUCGUCCGAGCAGCUCGUCGCGCGCUUUCGCGCGUGCCCUGAGCCGCACUUGUUUAAGCAGCUUCUCAAGCAGGUUGCGAAGCAGCAGCGGAAGGUAUGGAUCCUCGACGCGAGCCUCGCGGAGGGCUAG